UCAUAACCAAUAGCAACGCGCGGUUGAUACAAACGGCUAAUCGUCGGGGAGGUUUUCAGACGUCUUGCUCUUGAAACUGUCAUCAAACUAAAGAAAGCAAAAUCGAGACUUCUUGGUCGUUCUCCACUGCUCACGACACAAGACAGAAUAUGGACUCAUCUCCUCCAGUUCUUCGUGUGCAAAGGGAGGAUUACUUUAGGAGGGUGGAAAAUGAGAACAACAAGAUGCCACUGGAACCACAGAACGCAAAGCCUGUAUCCACGCCACACCUUCUUAACAGGGAUUCAGAGAACCUAGAUCCUGGGAGGAAGACACUCAUGCGGCCAAGAGUGAGCAGACUACCAGUCUUGGUCAAGUCCCACCAACCUCCUACAGCUUUUCAUGCUGCUCAGUGGGAGGAGAAACUCUUGUCUGGGAAAGCCAAGAAGAAAAAGUCAUGCACCAGGCAUACGCCUUUCAGCAUGUCUCGGCACAAGAGUUUGAAAACGGACAUUGUAUCUUUACAGCCAAAAAGUGGUGCUCAUGCCAUCCAGCCUAAAAACAAUGUUUCUAUAAAAACCCACAAGACAAGAGAAAACACCCUGAAAUCCCCAGCUGUCUUAAAAAGCACAAUAGCAGCAACAAAGGAGAAAUGUAGAUCUUCUGGAACGACCUCUGGACAGCCUAACACUUUAAAGACUGAAAAUGUUUCACAUCAUUGGAGAUCCUCUUCCUCUUCUUCUGUCUAUUUGGAUAACAAGAUCCAUCUCAGUCUCAAAGAUCCAAUGAGAAAGCAGAACGUGCCGGAUAACCUCUCAAGUCACCCAUGUGACAAAGCUGAGGGAUUCCAGCUCGAUCACGCCGCCUUGCUCAGUAUCCUGCACAAUGAGGGUGUGCAUGUCUCUAGACAGCCAUUUGCAACUUCAGACUCUCAAUCCUGUGCCACGUUUCCGCUACGAGUGUCUGUUGUUAAGAGUCAUCAAAAAGCCACUGUGAGCCAGAACGAGGGGUUGAAGACGGCAGGCUCCGUGCAUGCCACACCUCAAAACGCAUCUAGAAAAGGCACUUAUAUGGACACGCCACAGAGAGUUCCAAUCACAAAGAGUCUGGCACUAGCAGACAAAGGUGCAGAAUUCCAGCCCAAUUCCGCCUCAUUGCGAAGUAUCUUGCGUAAUGUGGGCGUGUGCAUCUCCAGCCAAUCAGUUGCAACUCCACGCUCUCAAUCUUUUGCCAUGUCUCCACAAGUGUCUGUUACAAAGAGUCAUCAAAAAGCUGCUGCCAUCCAGAACGAGGGGGUGAAAGCUGCAGGCCCUGUCCGUGCCACACCUCAAAAACCAUCUGGAAGAGGCACUUCUCUCAAUACACCACAAACAUUCAUGAUCAAAAAGAGUUUGGCAGCAGCAGACAAAGCUGUGGAAUUUAAGCCCGAUCCCACAUCACUGCAAAGUAUCGUCUGUAAUGAGGGCCUGUGCAUCUCCAGCCAAACACUUGCAACUCCACGCUCCCAAUCUUUUGCCAUGUUUCCACAACGCGUGUCUGUUACAAAGAGUCAUCAAAAAACUGCCGCAAGACAAAACGAGGGGGUGAAGGUUGCAGGCCCCAUCCGUGCCACACCUCACAAACCAUCCGGCAGAGGCACUUUUAUCGACACACCACAGAGAGUUCCAAUCAAAACGAGUCUGGCCUCAGCAGUUUCAACUCACAAAGAGGCCAAGAACAUGUGGACAUGUCAGAAUUCCCCUCCCAGUCCCACUAUGCAAGUUGCCCAGACGUUAUUCGUUGACCAGGAGAAUGGACGGAGUCCUGACAAAGGGAAGGAAGAGCAGCUCCCAGUUCUUCAAGCCUCACCUAUUAAAACCCCCUGUGAGGACAGAGCAAAGAUGACCACCAGCCGGAGUGAUGAAGAAGAGCAGAAGAUUGAGCAAGGACAGAAGUUCAUUCAAAGCCUGCAAAGAGAGUCUGUCAUUUGUUUUUCCACAGGCAAGAAACAGUGCCGUUUUGAGAAGCAGGAGAGCUCUGCCUGUCAGGAUCUGUCAGAAAUGGCAGACGUGUGUGAGCCUGUUUGUCGCAUCAACCUUGCUGGUCGCUUUCUGCACAGAGACCAAAAGGCCUGCGUUAGCAACACUGCGCUUGCGUUACUGCCCAAGAAACUUUCUCCCAUGAAUGACCUACUUUUGGACAAGGAGGUUGCCUUUUAUAUCUCCCAUUCUGUCUCAGAUGCUCCCAGAUCCUUCCCCUCUCAACCUCGCUGUAUCAACCCGGUGGCAUCUUUGUUGCACUUUCUGGAGUCCACUACGUUUGUUCCACUGUGCUUGGAUGCUCCCUCUCCGUGCUCCUCUCCACUUCAAGAAAAAUAAUUAAUUAAUGUGUCUUUUUAAUGAAACACUAAUACAGAUCCCCACAAUGUUGCAGGCACUGGAUAUGCAAAUGUUGACACUUGAGCUUGUCUUUCAAAUGAAAGUGAAAUGUAGCUACAGGGCAGAAUUGUUACCUUGGGCUGUGAAGGAAAUUUGCUUGUUUCAGUCCAUUUGUUCUCCUUUACCCCAAGAAAAGACUGUGGGGAAAUGACUGAGCUCCAUUGUUGUGUUUGUCGGAGAGCACCUAAUAGGGUGUUUUGUCAUUCUGUUGUCCCUGUGAGGACCAGCACCUUUCCACAAAUUACUAAUGUAUUUGUUUCAAUGCGUUUUUGUCUUUUGGCGUCUCACUUUUGGAAAUAAAUGGUUGUAUGCAGUUUGUGGCCUGAG